ACAGAGCUGGAUCAAGUUACCGCCGCCACGUUAAUUAAACCUUCUUCUUCUUCUCUCUCGUCGUCCCCCUUUAGGUUUACCACUCUUCCUUCAACAAUGGCGUCUUCGAUUCUCAGAAACCCUAUGCUCUCAUCACCAACAACAAUCACCACCCCUUCUCUUCCCUCCUUCUCCUCGAAACCCUCACCUCUCUCAUUCCGCUUCCCACCCUCCCACCACCGCUCCUCUCUCCGCAUCAAAUCCCUCCGCCUCUCGUGCUCCCUCUCAGAUCCCUCUCCUCCCCUCCGCCGCUGCCGCCCGGAGUACAUCCCCAACCGCAUUUCCGACCCCAACUACGUCCGAGUCUUCGACACCACUCUCCGCGACGGCGAACAGUCCCCCGGAGCCACCCUCACCUCCAAAGAGAAGCUCGACAUCGCGCGCCAGCUCGCGAAGCUGGGCGUCGACGUAAUCGAGGCCGGGUUCCCCGCCGCCUCCAAGGACGACUUCGAAGCCGUGAAAACCAUAGCCGAAACCGUGGGAAACGCCGUCGACGGAGACGGUUACGUCCCCGUCAUCUGCGGACUCUCGAGAUGCAACAAGAGAGAUAUCGAGACGGCGUGGGAGGCUGUGAAGUACGCCAAAAGGCCGAGGAUCCAUACCUUCAUCGCCACGAGUGACAUUCACUUGGAGUAUAAGCUGAAGAAGAGCAAAGACGAGGUCAUCGAGAUCGCUAGGAAUAUGGUAAAGUUCGCGAGGAGCUUGGGGUGUGAGGACGUUGAGUUUAGUCCUGAAGAUGCCGGAAGAUCGGAGAGAGAGUUUUUGUAUCAGAUUCUUGGGGAAGUGAUAAAAGCUGGAGCGACAACGCUUAAUAUACCUGACACUGUUGGUAUAACGUUGCCUAGUGAGUUUGGUCAGUUGAUUGCUGAUAUCAAAGCCAAUACUCCUGGGAUCGAGAAUGUUAUCAUCUCAACGCAUUGUCAGAAUGAUCUUGGGCUCUCCACUGCCAACACUUUAUCUGGUGCACAUUCGGGUGCAAGGCAAGUGGAAGUGACUAUCAAUGGCAUUGGCGAAAGAGCUGGAAACGCUUCACUAGAAGAGGUUGUGAUGGCCAUAAAAUGCCGUGGAGAUCAUGUACUUGGAGGCCUAUAUACUGGAAUUGAUACUCGGCACAUUGUUAUGACAAGCAAGAUGGUUGAAGAUUACACAGGAAUGCAAACACAGCCCCAUAAGGCUAUUGUAGGAGCGAAUGCCUUUGCGCAUGAAAGUGGUAUUCAUCAGGAUGGAAUGCUCAAACACAAGGGCACAUAUGAAAUUAUAUGCCCCGAAGAAAUUGGACUUGAACGAUCUAAUGAUGCUGGUAUUGUUUUGGGGAAGCUUAGUGGGCGUCAUGCGUUGAAAGACCGUUUGACUGAGCUUGGUUAUGUACUAGAUGAUGAACAACUAAGUUCCAUUUUCUGGCGCUUCAAAUCUGUGGCUGAGCGGAAAAAGAGAGUUACCGACGCAGAUAUAAUAGCUUUGGUUUCUGAUGAGGUUUUCCAGCCAGAAGCUCUGUGGAAACUCCUGGACAUUCAGAUAACUUGUGGGACUUUGGGGCUUUCAACAGCAACCGUGAAACUUGCUGACGCUGAUGGCAAAGAGCAUGUUGCUUGUUCUAUGGGAACCGGGCCUGUCGAUUCAGCAUAUAAGGCAGUCGAUCUUAUUGUCAAGGAACCAGCGACUCUGCUUGAGUACUCAAUGAAUGCAGUAACAGAAGGCAUCGAUGCCAUUGCAACCACAAGAGUUCUUAUCCGAGGAAACAACAAUUACUCAACUACAAACGCAAUCACUGGUGAAGAAGUUCAAAGGACCUUUAGUGGAACCGGAGCAGGAAUGGACAUCGUGGUCUCGAGCGUCAAAGCUUAUGUCGGAGCUCUGAACAAGAUGCUCGAUUUCAAAGAGAACACAACAACAAAAAUCCCUUCUCAAAACAACAAAGUACCUGCCUGAAUCAAAAUCGAAUCAGACCAGAGUUAGUCUUUUCUGGUAUAGGUACAUAGUUUGGUAAUAACGAGAGUUCAGAGUUUGCAUAUUGUUUUAAAGAAGUAUCUUUGCUGAAAGAGUUUGUUUACUAUAAAAAUAUUUAUCUAACUUUUCUUUUUCUUU